UUGUCAAUGUCAACCAUAUGUCAGCCCAUGUCAACGUAUUUUUUGUUCUUCAGUUUUUGUGUCGAAAACAAAAAUAUGUCAUAACACGAAUAAAUAAAAGUAUAUUAUAAACCUACAUGUUGUAUUGUUAUAUAAAAGGAAUUUAUUAUAAACUAUUUACCUGUUGCGUAUUCGUCGCUGCGCUAAACUUGUGAAUUUGUAAAGAAUUGAAGAGAGGAAAAUGAAGACAGCUGUAACUGUCCUGCAGGAAAUGAUGGUGAAGAUGGGGCAGACUCCAGAAUAUGAAUGUAUAGCUCAGAGCGGGCCGCAGCACCAAGCCAUGUUCGACUACCGCUGUGUGGCGUGCGGCGUGGUGGUGACGGCCACGGCGCGGUCCAAGAAGGAGGCCAAGCAGGAGGUCGCGCGUCUCAUGCUGCAGCAACUGUCGCGCCGCGGCCACGCCGUGCCGCCGCCCUACGCUUCGUCUGCCGCGCCCCUAAUCCACGACACGACCUCGGGCGGAACGAGCGGCUCUGGCGACGUGCGCAGCUACGUAGCGCUGCUGAAGGAGUUGUGCGAGGAGUACCGGCUGCCCGCCGUGACGUACGAGCUGGUGGGCGACACGGGCCCCCCCCACCUGCGACACUUCACGGUGCGCGCGCGCAUCGGCCAGCACGAGCGCGUGGCCACGUCCACCACGAAGAAGGCGGCGCGCCAGCUGGCCGCGGAGGAGCUGUACUCCUACCUGCGCGAGAACCUGGCGCGCGUCACACGGGACUUCAACGAGGAGGACGCGCUGGUGCGUGCGCACGAGAAGGCCAUGGAGCGCUACGUGGAGGGCGACGACCACACGCGCCGCCCCGACCUCGGCCAGCGCAUCGCGGACUACCACCUUGCACUCAUCACGCGAAUCGACGAGGACACACGCGCGCAGGCGCUGGCAGCGCUGGAGACAGUGCACGAGUUGGCGCCCGACUGCGCGCUGGCGGCCGUGGCGGCGGCGCUGCGGCUGCGGCUGGAGCCGGCCGUGCUGCCGCCGUUCAGCGCAGUGACGCUGUCGGGCGCCGGCCCCGACCUGGCCUUCGCGGGCGCCACGCCGCAAGCCGCUGCAGCCGACGCGCUCGACUACCUGCGCCGCGCCCUGCAACUGACCACGCCGGUCCCGGUUGACUUACCGAACCACCCUGGCAUUGAUGAAAUUAUGCGACCUGUCCUCACUGGCCUGAUUGACGAAGACAUGGUCAUGUAAGAAAGUAAUAUGAUGAUGAUGAUUAUACAGGGUGACUUUGAAUUCGACGUAUUCCUCUCGGGAGGUGAUAAUACAACUAAUUUCCUACAAAAUUAGUCCUGAGGUCCUUGGGCGGAAAGUGGCUAGUUUCUGAGAUAUUCAACAUUUUUGGUUUUGGUAAAAAAAUCCCGAUGUGAUUACAAAAACAUCAAUAAAUAAAAAAAUACUGGUUGGAUUUUAGUAGUUUUAGUUUUAAUCAGUUGCCAAUACAUCAGUUAUCAUUUAUAAAUACUAAUAGUGGCAGAAAUAUCAUUCGUUUUAAAAUAGCAUGUAAUUUCUUAUCAAAUUUUGUUUUGUGUCACUAAUUUGGUCGAUAGAAAACUGGAUUUAUUUCAAAAAAAAUAUAUGACACUAAGCGUACAAACUAUUAGAAAAACUUUCUUAGUUUAUUAGCUACCCAGAAACGUAAAAUUAUUUACAAAAUUCUCAAAAACAAAUGAAUUAAUUGAUGAUAAGUAGAGUGUAAAGAGAAAAGGGCAAUUUCAAAAACAUCUUUAUUUGCAAAAUUUUGUUCAAAGUGACCUCC